UCAAGAAUUUCAUUAUCGCUGAAUAUUGCUCAUUCAAACUGAAUAUAUUGCCCAGCUCCUAAAAUUUAGCACAAUAUUUGGGUUAUGCUCUCCUAAACUGACAUUAUUGUCUAUCAUGAUAGGGGAUCUUACGGCUCAUAAUAUGAUAUGCAGUACUAGUUCCCAAGGCUUCACAAUUAGCAUCCUAUGACACCAAUAUGAACCAGUAACACAAGCUUGACAUAUUGUCAAACCAGUGCUUAGGCACAGAUUAUCCAAUGAAAACCCAAAGUCAGGACUGAAACAUUUGCUACCUGCUGAAAGUGAAUGGUUAAUAUCUAUGACUUGUCAAUCUGCUUACUUGGGUUGAGGAAUACAAAAACGGAUGUCUCAAUGUACAUACUAGUAGCAUCUAUCUUGCUAGAAAUAAAGGAGGCAUAGAGUGGGCCAAAAAUUGAUUUACUAAUCAGCAGCUGCCAUGUCCUCUGAGGAAGAGACUCUGGUGACCUAGCAGCACAUUACUAUAUAAUGGUUUUUUCUGUAACUGAGUUUGUUUUGACAGGUUUCCUUUUCUUUAUUUAGAACUGUAAGCAAUUCUAACUGGAUAUUGGUUUUUUAUCAACUGACAAAUUAAUCAUUUUCAGGAUAUUUUUAGCGGUGGGAGUGAGACAUCAGCUACAACUGUAGAUUGGGCAAUGUCAGAACUGACAAAUCAUCCGAGAAUCAUGCAGAGGCCACAGGAUGAGGUGAGGGAAGUGUAUGACAAAACACAACAGGUGAACGAAACGGGCAUCAAAGAGAUGAAAUAUUUAAAGAUGGUUAUUCAAGAGACACUGAGGUUACACCCUGUUGUUCCCUUGUUACUUCCACGAGAAUGUGGAGAGAGGUGUGAGAAUGAUGGAUAUGAAAUACCUGUCAAAACAAAGGUAAUUGUGAAUUCUUGGGCAAUUGGAGGAGAUCCCAGUUACUGGACUGAGCCCGAGACCUUUUAUCCUGAGAGAUUCCUUGAUAGCUCUACUAACUACCGAGGAACAAACUUUGAGUAUAUCCCAUUUGGCUUUGGAAGUAGAAUUUUCCCUGGCAUAUUAUAUGGUCUGGCUAAUGUUGAGAUCCCGCUAGCAUUGCUGUUAUAUCAUUUUGAUUGGAAACUCCCCAAUGGAAUGAAGAAUGAAGACUUGGACAUGACUGAGGACUUUGGCAUUGCAGUCCGCAGAAAAGAAGAUCUUCAUUUGAUUCCCACCCCAUAUCAUCCCUCCGCCUGGUGCGCCAAAUUCGAAAGUAGAAUUAAGUUAAGGGUAUGAUAGAUCCUAGAAGGAGUCUAGAGGGGGUGAAUAAGCUCACAACCAAUUUUUUUCGUUCAAAGUUUAUUUUCUUAGGGACUGCAAAUAGAGUUUCAAUCCUGAUACUGAUAAUGAACAGAAUGAAAGUAGCAUCAACC